CUUCGGGAAAAAAACUCCCAUAUUGCUUAAUUAAUUGGUAAGAAUAUCUCAGCCUAGUCUUAGCUUGGGGGACCUUGCCAGCGACUGUCGACUGAAAUCAUUGACGCGGCGAAGGAAGCAGCGCUAUACAGCUGCAGCGAUUCAGCGAAGGGCGGAACGGAGAAGGGAAAGGGCCGAAGGCUUCUACCGGGCUACUUGUUCUACGAAUGUGCGACCACUACGUCGGACAGAGCAACGAAGGGCUAUAAAGUGGAAGUGUGUGUCAAUGGCUAAGGCUUCAAGGCUCAAACCAGCAACUGUGUACCUCUACAUUCCCAACAUUAUUGGUUACAUGAGAAUUUUAAUGAACUGUUGUGCUUUUGCAAUAUGCUUCACCAACAAAAGGCUUUUCUCAAUCUUAUAUUUUGCUAGCUUUGUAUGUGAUGCUUUGGAUGGUUGGUUUGCUAGGAAAUUCAACCAAGUUUCAACAUUUGGAGCUGUUCUGGACAUGGUGACAGAUAGGAUCAGCACUGCUUGCCUCCUCGUGAUUCUUUCGCAAGUUUAUAGGCCUGGCUUGAUUUUCUUGUCUUUGCUCGCUUUAGAUAUUGGAAGCCACUGGUUGCAAAUGUAUAGCUCCUUCUUGGCUGGGAAAACAAGCCAUAAAGAUGUGAAGGACAGCAGUAGUUGGCUAUUCAGGACAUACUACGGGAAUAGAAAGUUUAUGGCUUAUUGUUGUAUAUCCUGUGAGGUUCUUUACAUCCUCUUAUUUCUUUUGGCAGAGAACCAAACUGAAAGUUUGAACGAUGUUCUUAUCAAUUCUGCAAUGAAAAGCUGGCUCUACUUUUCACUGCUUUCCUUGCUUCUCUUUGGUUGGGCAACUAAGCAGUUCAUCAAUUUUAUACAGAUAAAGACGGCUGCAGAUGCAUGUGUGCAGUAUGACAUUGCGAAGCAGCAAUAGCAGGGUACCUCCUAAUGCAAUGUUUAUUUAGAUGGUAACACCCAAUUCAAUUUUAGAGGUUCUCUUUGUCAUUUCUCGCUUCUUUGAACAGAAAAGCCGACGCUUGACUAAGAAACGGUUCUUCUCUUUUUGAUCAUUUGAUGGAUUAGCCUACAGCCUGGGCACAUCAUCAAUUUUUCUCUGGUCUGAGUUUUCACACAAUUGGAGACUUGUACAUUACUAACUGUUUUCCUGGACAAUCUUAUGUUACAUUUGAGUUGUCUCGAUUUGAUGUUUUUUAAUUGCUUGCUUUAAGAAAAUACGUUUGGCAGGAAACUGGGUUUCCUUCAUUCUUUGCAGUUUAACUUGCUCUGCCAAGCCAUUAUCAUUGAUCAAUUUUAUUAAUCAUUUUGAUGUUUGAAUAUACUUUCUCUGUUCAUAUAUAAUUGCAAUAAUUUGAAUUUCACUGUGA